AGUUUUUUCCGCCUCUGCGCUCCUUCCCAACAGCAUACUACUUUUUCGUACAGCGAAAAUGGCACCAGCUGUGCCUCCGCAUGUACGCGGUCUCGUUGCAGUGUGUAUCAUGAUGUGGGGGGUGUACUGUGUGUACGGGAUGCCCGGCACAUUAUCGAAACCGCUUCAAGCGCACCUCUCCCUCACUGACUCUCAAUAUACGUACUUUUUAUCUGCUAUGUACACCGUCUUCGCUGCGCCCAACACCGUGCUUCCGUUCUUCUCGGGAUUCAUGAUACAGCGAUACGGCGAAAAACGAGCUAUGAAAGUCACGGUUGGUUGCGUUGCCUUGGGGCAAUUGACGUUCGCACUUGGCGUAGAACUGCGACAGAUCUGGAUAAUAAUGCUAGGUCGUGUCGUCUUUGGCCUCGGAAUGGAAGUCCUAGGCGUCCUGGCCAACAUUAUUGCAGCACGUUUAUUCUCUGACAAAAAACUAACGCUUGCGCUUUCCCUGGUCCUUGGUGUGGCUCGGAUGGGAAGUGUAUCUAACUCAAUCAUGACACCUUUACUUGUCGCGCGUAACGGCGUAGCCUCAGCUACAUGGACUAUGUCGCUUUUCGCUAUGAGUUUGACCUGUUUAUGCAGCGCAUACCUUCUGCCCGGUCUGCCCGCACCUGCGAACAACGCAAGUCGCUCAUUCGAUAUCGCCUCCAUUUGGCGCUUCUCACCUGUGUACUGGCAGUUGAUCCUUAUAUGUGCCGUAGGAUACGGUGGCAUUGGCACGUUCACCAACUCUGCGCAGCGUUUUCUUGCAGCCCGCUUUUUCAACAAUGAUCAACCAGCAGCCGGAAGGGCCCUCAGUAUUACCUACACACUCGCAGCUGUCCUCGUUCCGCCCUUUGGUAUUGUGCUUGAAAUGCCCUGGUUCAGAAUACCAUUCGCGCUCCUCAUCUCAAACGUACUCAUGACAUCAGCGCAUCUUGCUUUUUAUAUACGUUCUGCUGGCGCUAUUUUACCCCUUGCAAUGCUGGGAACCGCAUAUGCUCUUUAUGGCACAGCAUUUUGGGCUGGCUUGGCUCGCAGUAUUCUCGAUGCUGGCCCUUCGCAGCCUGCACAGCGCUCUGAGAGCAGGGUAGGGCUUUUAGAAUCUCAGGAACAUGACAUCUUGAGUAAUGAGACCUUGAGUGAGUCUCAUGGUUCGAUGUUGUUGGACACGAGUAGUGAUGGGCAGCCUGAUAAUCUGAUGGCAGUGGGUUUAGGGACAGCGACGUGCUUCCUAAAUCUGAGUACAGCUCUCGUCCCAUUGUUGCUUGCUGGUGUUGAACAAAGAUUCGGUUACUCUGGACUAGAAGUGGUGUUCAUAACUUUGGCUGGCUGUGGAUGCUUGGCUUCGAUUAAGUUGGCGCACAUGCACAGAUUCGCGCAUACCGAGACAAAAAGGCCAUAA